ACUUAAAACUGCACCUCCAGAGCACAGACUAUGGGAACUUCCUGGCCAAUGAAGCCUCCCCGCUCACCGUCUCCGUCAUAGACGACAAGCUGAAGGAGAAGAUGGUGGUGGAGUUUCGUCACAUGAGGAACCAUGCAUAUGAGCCCCUAGCAAGUUUUCUGGACUUCAUCACGUACAGCUACAUGAUUGACAACGUCAUUCUGCUGAUCACUGGGACCCUGCACCAGCGUUCAAUCUCUGAACUGGUGCCCAAGUGCCAUCCUCUGGGAAGUUUCGAGCAGAUGGAAGCCGUGAACAUUGCUCAGACGCCUGCAGAGCUCUACAAUGCAAUCCUGGUGGACACUCCCCUGGCUGCUUUCUUCCAAGACUGCAUAUCUGAACAGGACCUGGAUGAAAUGAACAUCGAAAUCAUUCGAAACACACUGUAUAAGGCUUACCUGGAGUCCUUCUACAAGUUCUGCAAGGUGCUGGGAGGUACCACAGCAGAUGCAAUGUGCCCGAUCCUGGAGUUCGAAGCUGACCGGAGGGCCUUCAUUAUCACCAUUAACUCAUUUGGGACUGAGCUGUCCAAGGAGGACCGCGCAAAGCUGUUCCCACACUGUGGCAAACUCUACCCUGAGGGCCUGGCUCAGCUGGCCAGAGCAGAUGACUACGAACAAGUCAAAAAUGUUGCUGACUACUACCCUGAGUACAAGCUGCUGUUUGAAGGGGCUGGCAGCAACCCUGGAGACAAGACUCUUGAAGACAGGUUCUUUGAGCAUGAGGUGAAGUUGAACAAGCUGGCCUUCCUCAACCAAUUCCACUUUGGAGUCUUCUACGCCUUCGUAAAGCUGAAGGAGCAGGAGUGCCGUAACAUUGUGUGGAUCGCAGAGUGCAUCGCUCAGCGGCACAGGACCAAGAUCGACAACUACAUUCCCAUCUUCUAACCCCACUCUGCUCCUGUCUGACCCUCCCGCCCCUGGAGUCCGGAGGGACCCCUGUCUAACUCCCCGAAUUAUCCCUUGCCCAGACUCCAGGGAUGUCCCAUCUGUGGAACUGGCUCAGAUGAGGAAACUGUACAGUUGCUAGUUAAAUUAUUCACAAGCUGAAGUUUGAGUUGUGUGCUGUGAGGGGUCCCGGAGGGACCAGUGGCACAGGCUUGGCCCUGUGUAGCAGGAGGGACACCUCCUGUUGUGUGUCUAAUAGUCCCCAUGUUACUGUACUAAUCCACUGUAUGCGCUUACGCUCAUAGAGCAAGCACCAGCUGGGGGAUUGCUGCCUCCGAGAGGUUCCCGCUGC